AUUAAAUCCCUGAUUUUGAUGGAGUUACAGCAACAGGAAUUACGGAGAGAAUGGCGAUGAUGUUUCAAAACUGUCGUCUCUGCUGCUCUCUCUCUCUCUCUCUCUAAAUAUGACUGCUGGUAGCUUCUGUGCUCUCCACCCAGAAGAAAUAUCUAUUAUAGUUUAUAAAGCCCUCGUUAAACCUCGGAGGCUUGUUGAAAUACCAAAGGACCAUUGCUAGCUUUGGCGGUGAUCAGAACUGGCGCGAGUUGGCAAUGGCACUGGAAACGGAGGCGGUCGCUGCUCCAGAGAUCCCUCUUUCCGAAACAGAAAUCAAUUGGGAUAGGUUGGACAAGACAAGGUUUCAUAUUAUCGGGGCUGUCCUCUUUACUGCUCAGUCAGCGCUACUACAUCCCACAGCAGUAGUGAAGACUAGAAUGCAAGUAGCUGGUUCUGAACUUUUGCGCAUGCACGGAAUAACAGUAUUCAGUCAUACAUUGAAAAAUGAUGGUAUCCCCGGCAUUUUCAGAGGCUUUGGUACUUCUGCCAUUGGCUCAUUGCCAGGCAGGGUCUUGGCAUUGACGUCACUUGAAGUAUCAAAAGAUGUGAUGCUAAAGUAUACUGAAGGUCUUAAUAUGCCUGAGGCAACACGUGUUGGCGUUGCAAAUGGAGUGGCAGGCAUGUUGUCAAAUUUAGUUUCUUGUGUGUACUAUGUACCUUUGGAUGUGAUUUGCCUUAGAUUAAUGGUUCAAGGGCUUCCUGGGACUACAUUUUGCAGUGGGCCAUUUGAUGUUAUUCGUAAGGUGGUAAAGGAUGAAGGGUUUCGUGGUAUGUAUAGAGGCUUUGGAUUAACAGCUGUGACUCAAUCCCCUGCAUCUGCACUUUGGUGGGGGACUUAUGGUGCUGCUCAACACAUUAUUUGGAGGAGCUUGGGCUAUAGAGAUGAUUUGGAAAGGAAACCGUCUCAUAUUGAGAUGAUUGCAGUUCAGGCCUCAGCAGGAAUGGUGGCUGGUGCUUGUUCCUCAGUUAUUACUACUCCUAUAGACACCAUAAAGACACGACUUCAGGUCAUGGAUAAUUAUGGUGUUGGAAGGCCAUCUGUAAUCAAGACGACGAAGGCACUCCUGAAAGAAGAUGGAUGGAGGGGUUUUUAUAGAGGAUUUGGACCUCGGUUCUUAAAUAUGUCUCUCUAUGGAACUACAAUGAUUGUUACUUAUGAACUGAUAAGUAUGUUCCCGUUCCAUAUAUUCCCCUAUGGAUCCCAUGGUUAGGGAUGAAAACAAUCAUUAGUCAUAUGUGAAAAGACCAGCUUUGUAGUUUCAUUUUUUGAUCUUCGAUUCUAUUGAUUUCCUCUGUACAUCCGGUCAAAUUUUUUAUGAAAACAGUUGAAAUUGUGUUUCAGUUUUAAGCCGUUUUGAAAUUCAUAAUCUUAUAUAGAAACUUCUUUUUGAAAUUUUCAACAGGAUGUCUUUGUCCACCAAGAAAUUUAUAUGUUUUGAUAUGUAAAAGUGUAAAAUCUCAUGCAGAAGGCUCCCACGCCAUUGGAGUCUGAUGUGUGCAAUCUUUUCAAACAUGGAGAGAUUGUUUCUGUGAUUUAUGUGGGACAUAAGUUGACGUUAAAAUAUUUUUUUUGAAGAACGAAUUGUUUAGGAACAACUAUCAACAUAGUUCCGGUGAUGUGCCAUUUGUUGUGAUACAUUGCUUGUAGACAUUUAUUCCAGAUUCCCUAGACAGUUUGGGUUCUAGAUGGGCCCUUUUAUUGAGUAUAAAUCUAUUAAAAAUGAAAUCUAAUCACUUUUUAUUUUGUUUUUUGUUUUUUUUAUCCCUGUUCAAUCAGAGAGAUUGUCAGUAAAGGCAAAAUGAUACUUCAUGCUUGGUCCAGAUACUGUCAAAAGUAGCAGUCCUGAACUGCAAAAGCCUUCAGUGGAUCUUCAUUUUUGUUUCAGAAACUAGUUAGCCUUCCAGAUAUUAUAUGCCUAAGGGCUCAGUAUUAGAAUGUGAAACUUUCCUGGGAGGGGUUGUUUGGCUUUUGUUAUAGUCUCUUCCUUCUUCACAAUUUUUGAUGAGAAGGUAUGUUGACAUGCUGUUUUUCGUUUCCAUGCUUUGGAUGCAUAAGCUGGCAUUGCAAUUUUGUCACCUAAUUCUUUCUGUAGUUAUUGAAAAUUCAAAAGCAGCAUGGAAUUCAAGUGGUUUUUCUAUGAAUGGGUUGCAAGGAAAAAAAUUAUCCUACCAUUCUUAAUAAAUAUUAUCGACUGUUUACAAUCA